AUGCUUAUGAGGCGAGGAAUGACGGCAGCCAUGAGAUACUAUGACAUUGGAUUUAAUAUGUGCGACCCAAUGUACCAGGGCGUGUACAAUGGUAAGAAAUACCACGAGACCGACAUUGACAGUGUGCUAAAGCGGUGUGAGGAGACUCGGGUAGAUUGCUUAUUGUUGACAGGGUCUUCUAUAGCGGAGUCGCGGGAGACCAUUAAAAUGGCUGAGGCAUUGGGUAAGAAGCAUUCGAAGCCACGUCUAUUCUACACAGUAGGUGUUCAUCCGUGCUGUGUUAACGAAUUUGUAAUUCAAGAAGGGUCUACUAUUCAUCAGCCUACGAAUGAUGAAGAAUGGAAUAGCCGAUUAGAUGUUACAGACUAUGGUUUUACUCGUGGUAAGCUGCUUGAGUUGUACGAAUUGAUGUCAUUGCGUCAUUCUAGUGACACUGCGUUUAGAGCUAUAGGUGAAAUUGGGCUUGACUAUGACAGGUUCUACUAUAGCGGCAAGAGAAUGCAGCUUAAGUUCUUCCGCGAGCAGUUGAAACUGAGCUGCUUGUUUCCCGAGAUGCCUUUGUUUUUACAUAUGCGUAGUGCAUUUGAGGAUUUUAUUGCGAUUAUGCGAGAGUUCGUCUCGGGUUUCACUGACAACGAGGACCUGUUUAAUUGGAAAGAGCUAAUUGCGGAGUCUGAUCAUUGUGGUACAAUGCUGGAUGCUUCGGGAAGCCCAGUGUAUAGAUUUGAUCCUCGCAGGAAGUUUGUGGUACAUUCUUUUACGGGGACUCCAUUUGAAAUGCAUGAAUUGCUUGCUCUGUCAUCCAAUUGUUACAUUGGUAUGAAUGGCACUUCUUUCAAGGAUGAGCAUAAUAUUGAGAGUGCCAGACAGGUGCCCCUGGAACGACUCCUAUUGGAGACCGAUGCUCCGUGGUGCGAAAUCAAGCGCACCCACGUUUCGUAUCCUUACCUAAUGCGUGCCGAGAAUGCUGUCAGCGAUUCAACAACUCCCUGGCUUAAAGAAGCAUAUCCCGACCUCGAAAAAUGGUAUGACAGCGUUAAAAGGGAUAAGCUGGUGAAGAAAGACCAAGCUGUGUGGCCUGGCACGAUGGUAAAGUCGCGCAAUGAGCCAUGUACAAUGGGUCAGGUUGCUACUGUGGUCGCAAAUGUAAAAGGCUUGCCACUAAAAGAUGUGGUGUCCCAAGUAUGGGAGACUUCGUGUGCAGUUUAUGGUGAUUAA